AUGAGGCUAGAGCGCGGGCGGCGGGCUUCUCUGGCACUCACCCUCAACUUUGUGGCGUUUGCUUUUGCCUUAUCAGCGGUGACCACCAGCUACUGGUGCGAGGGGACCAGGAAGGUGGCCAAACCCUUCUGCACAGGACCGCCAGUGAAGGUGAAGCAGUGGUUCUGCAUCCGCUUCAACAACUCCAACAUCAACGACAGCCGGUUGGUCCAGUACAUCUUUGAAACCGGAGAGGAGAAGUUUCUUUUAAGGAAGUUUCACACAGGAAUAUUUUUCUCCUGCGAGCAGGCCGCCGACAUGAACGGUUUCGACUGUCGAGACUUCUCAGAGAUUGCACCAGAGCAUGAAAGAGGUGUCCUGUGGUUGUGUAUCGUGGCUGAGACUCUGUACCUCACCCUGCUCUUCACAGGCGGGGCUCUGAUGAUUCUGGAGCAGUGCCCCUGCUUCAGUAUCAUGAACAGACUGAAGCUCAGUGCCUUCGCUGCCUUGUGCACUGCCCUGUCAGGCCUUUGUGGGAUGGUGGCCCACAUGAUGUUUACUACCAUAUUCCAGCUAGCUGUUGCUAUGGGGCCAGAAGACUGGAGACCUAAGACCUGGGACUACAGCUGGUCUUAUGUCUUGGCGUGGGGCUCUUUUGGCACCUGCAUGGGCUCUGCAGUGACGGCGCUCAACAGGUACACAAAGACCAUCAUGGAGUUUAAAUACAAGCGGCGGAACAUAGAAAAGACCCUGAUGAUCAAGCAGACAAUGAUUGAGGAGGACCUUCCAGAGCAGAUGUGGGACAUGUACCUGACCGCUGUGCCCGCUGACGCUGAGGCACAGGUAGAACUGCCGGUCAAUGGCCACAAGCCCUCCACAGGAACAACAUUUGAGGUCGAAAUGGACAAUGAACCAGAACCACAAGGAGAGGCAUAUUGUUAA